AUGUCUGCAAUAGUGACAACAGUUUUCAAAGCAACUAUCGGUUUGCUUGUGCGAAAAGGAAGAGCAGCCGCAGCGGAAAAGCUAAAAGAAGGUGAUGUGGUUGAUCAGAAAUUCCGUCGCCUGAUCUUGCGUGAAAUUGACGAUGUUAAGUCCAAGUUGGAUGGACUAGCAAGAAAGGACUUAUUGUCAAGCUUCAGCUCCUUUGCAGAAGGUAUCGAGUACUUGUAUGAAGUGUUUGACAGAUCAAAAGCAAGAGUCGAGUAUGAAGAGGAUGCUUUCGCAGCGCAAGCUGCUGCUGACAAAGCUGGAAGACAGACACGUUUUCUCACGAGGCAAAUGAGUUCUUUAGAUGAGACCGACCUGCUGGAUGAUUCAGUAAGAAAAGAACUAGAAAUCGCGAAAAAAAGGUUUGAAUACGCCCGUGAGAAAGCGAGGGAUGCCUUUGCCAAUGAAGCACUGGAUUUGUGUGAUCGCAUUUUAGCCAUGCAGUAUCGAGUUAUGGCAACAAUACUACAGAGUUGUGACAGUCCCCAGGAUGCGCUACCAGCCUGUAGAGUGUGCAUUGAAGAACUACACUCCUUGGCUACUGUUAAGGAGUGCUUUGACGCAGCUCAACAAAGGGUUCUGGGCCUGAUUUAG